CCUCGAGUUUUGCGGGUCAGCGGUGGCCUUACCGGUCCUGUCACAAGCUAGAAAUAUAGCAGUGAAGUGGAACGAAAGCGAUCGAAACGCCUGUGCCUCGGUAGCCCCAGCACUCCAUCACACGCCGCGUGCGCCACUUGUUACGGUUUGUGCUCCGCUGUCAAUCCACCGCGUAACGUAGCUCACGCUUUGCAUCAAUGGCACGUACGAACCAAGCCUCUGGCGGUGCUCUGAGCGGUGAUCUCUCUGGAAUCAGGCUCGACGGCGCCGCGGCGGAACCGGAGGUACUGACGCAAAUCAUCAUAUCCAACGCACUGUUUCCGUCUCGGCGAGCGCUGAUGCCGCUUCUCGACGGUAGGUCUUUAGCUCGUCUGAAUGCGUGCGCACGGGCAUUCGGCAAGAGGGACGAGACUGGGCGCUCAUUCUGCGAGAACGUGGCGCGAGAGCGGGUCUUACCCUUGAUGCGCGCGCAUCUCGGGGGGGUGCGCAGUAUCGGAGGGAACGCCGAACGGCUCAACCAGAACUUCCUUACGCGGUGUUACGAGUACCUAGCGCAGGAGGGAGAGCUCUUGUUUCCGCCAGAGGGCCGCACGACGCCUCGCUGGCCGCCCCGCUGGCCGCAGCGGCGAGGCUUCGCAACUGCUCUCCACGCCUGCGAUGCCUUCGAAGCAGGACCGGCGGCCGCGUGGGCCGCCGCGAGCGCCGUUCUUCAGUUGGCGGUCGAGGCCAUGCGAACCUGCCCGCCAGAGAACCGGCCGCGGGGCGAUGAGGUUCGUGCCGACGCCCUUCGCGCCCGGCGAGAUGCCAUCCUCGCGCGGCGGGGCCUUUGCGGUGUCAUCAUAUACACACGAACGAACACUCCUGCAGACGGCGCGGCUCUAUCUGCGCUCGUCGAAAGCCAGGGGGGCUCUUCUUGGGCGUGGGACCGGACGUGGGAUUCGCAAGCCCCCUCGAGAAGGUACCGCGGGCGCGCGACCUUCCCGAGUCUCAGGCGCGCCUUCGAAGCGCGACUCCUGUCUUGUGAGCUUGUCCAGCAGGUGGAGCUUGCGCUCCCGGGCUCUGUCGGAGAGUCUGUCCAACGCCAACUUGAAGGACUCGAUGGAGCAUUUUAACUAGACCC